AUGGAGGGUUUACCCCAAAUCUCACGCGAGGGAGAGCAGAGUUCGGACUCCGCGUAUGUUGUUUCUAUCGAGAGAAAAAAGGAGAGGGCAUCUGCUGUUAACGGCGCUUUAUCACCCCAGCAAGAGUGUGGAAAAAGCAUUGCCGGCUGCUUGGCGCUGCUGCUUGGCGCAGUGAUACCGCAUGGUGGACUUCUUUCCAACAGUUUUAGUCUUGCCUCGGCUUCACUAGGCGCUGGUGUCAUAACGUUGCCGUGGGCUUUUCACGCCUGUGGAAUUUUGAUGGGCACUCUUUAUCUUAUUUUAAUGACGGUAUUCACGGUGUACACUAUUACAAUUUUGGGCUAUGUGAUGGAGAAAACGGGUUAUCGGGCCUUUGAACAAAUGUCAAGAGGCACAUUGGGGAAGGGUGCCGAUUAUCUUAUGGCCGCUGUCAUGGGUACGAGUUGCUUUGGUGCGGCAGUUGCAUACGUCAUUGCGGUGGGGAGCUUAAUUACUCCAAUUGCACAACACUCUACAGCAACGCCGGAGUUUUUUAAGCUUAAAAAAGGUAUACGACUGCUGGUAUGUCUAGUUUGGCUUUUGGGGAUGCUUCCGCUGGUGAUACCGAAAGAAGUGAACACAUUGCGAUACUUUUCUGCGGUUGGAGUUGGUUUUGUGGUGUAUUUUGUCAUUCUCGUCGUGAUUCAUGCCUGCCAAAAUGGGCUUCCAAAGCGAUCGGAGGUUCAAAUUGUUUCGACGGGAAAUAUUGGCAUGGAGGGACUUGGUACUUUCGUCUUUGCGUACUUGUGUCAUGCUGUCGCAUUUCAGGUGUAUUUUGAAAUGAAGGCUCGUAGUACAACGCAACUACUCCUCAGUGCAACUCUCAGUAUGACGGUCUGCUCUGUCUUGUAUUGGCUGGUUGGUGUCUUUGGCUACAUGGAAUUUGGCAGGGAAGUUAAGGAGUCCGUGCUGUACAUGUUUGACCCUGUUGGUGAGCCUCUGAUGAUGGUGGCGUAUGUGGGACUAAUCAUCAAGUUGUGUGUGUCUUAUGCGUUGAACAUGAUUCCGUGCCGAAAUACACUGUACUACAUCAUUGGAUGGGAUAUUAAUAACAUAUCGUACUGGAAGCACAUCGCAUGCGUAACUCUUGUCUCCACUAUUGUUCUUGUUGCUGGUUUAUUUGUUCCACGAAUUAGCACCGCAUUUGACCUCGCGGGUGCGCUUUGUGGCGGAUUCAUAGGCUUUAUUUACCCAGCGUUGAUUUAUAUGUAUUCUGGUGGAUGGACUUUGAAGAGGGUCGGUUGGUUCCAAUACAUCAUGACGUACACAUCCUUGUUUGUGGGUGUGAUAUGUGUUGUAUUUGGCACAGGGGCAACGAUUUAUUCCAACUUUGGCUGA